GCGGGUGUUGGCGGAGCGGAGGACUCUGCAUGCAGAGGAAAUUUGUAAAGAUAUGUUGACUCUGAUUCGUAAUGUUAAAAAUCUGGAAUCAAUUCAUAAAUAAAAUAUAGUUUAUCAUUAACUAAAUAGAAAGAAAUUAUUCGGCAUAAUGCCGCCUAAAAAAGCCGCGGCUCCGAGUAAAAAAGUGGAGCAAAAGAAAAAGGAGAAGGUUAUUGAGGAUAAAACUUUUGGUAUUAAAAAUAAGAAAGGAGCAAAACAACAAAAAUUUAUACAACAAGUAGAAAAACAAGUAAAAUCCGGGGGUAUUCAUCCUCGAAAGGUAGAUGAUCCAAAUGCUAAAAAAUUAGAAAAGGAAAAAAAAUUGCAGGAACAGAAGGAGUUAGCAUUGUUAUUUAAACCAAUUCAAACUCAAAAAGUUGAAAAAGGAAUCGAUCCAAAAUCUGUGGUAUGUGCAUUUUUCAAACAAGGACAAUGUACAAAAGGAGACAAAUGCAAGUUUUCACACGAUUUAACGAUAGAAAGAAAGGCAGAAAAGCGUUCGCUUUAUUGCGAUAUGCGAGAUGAAGAUAAAGAAACUGAUACCAUGGACAAUUGGGAUGUAGAUAAAUUAAAAGAAGUUGUUGAAAAAAAACACGGAGGUGGAAAUCGUCCUACAACCGAUAUUAUUUGUAAACAUUUCUUGGAAGCUGUUGAAAAAUCGAAAUACGGUUGGUUUUGGGAAUGUCCUGCAGGUCAGAAAUGUAUUUACAGACAUGCGUUGCCACCUGGAUUUGUUCUUAAAAAGAAUAAAAAGAAGGAAGACAAAAAGGAUGAGAUAUCGUUGGAAGAUCUUAUUGAAAGAGAGAGAGCCAAUUUAGGACCAAAUCAGACAAGAAUAACAUUAGAAAGCUUCUUGGCAUGGAAAAAACGUAAACUAAAGGAAAAGAAAGAUCAAGCAAUUAAGGAUGAGGAGAAGAAACGUAGCGAUUACAAAGCUGGUCGUCAAGUUGGUAUUUCCGGAAGGGAAAUGUUUUUCUUCAAUCCAGAUCUUGCUACUGGAGAUGGAAUGGAAGACGGAGAUGAGGCAUUUGACAAUUAUGCUCUCGAUGAAGAUGAAGAUUCUGAUGGUUUGGAAUACAAGGAGCUGGACUUUGAUAAACUUACAUUCGAAGCUAGUGAAAUUGAUACCGCGGGUAUUACAAUUGCUAAGGAAGAUCGAUUGAAGAGUGACAAUGUUCCUGAAAGAAAUGAAGAAUCAGUGACAGUUGUGGGUGAAGGUGCUGCAGCUUUAGCAAUCAAUGAAAAUCUCUUCACUGAGGAAGAUUUGGAAGGUCUGGAGGAAGAAUUGGGGGACCUGGACUUGGAGGAGUGAUCCAGAUGUCCCCUUUUGACUCUCCUCAAAUCCCGUCCUUUCUGUUUUUUUUCUUUUUUUUUCGAAAGUCUGCUGCAUUUUCAAUAACUCGAUUUUUUUUUUAUUAAUUAAAUUGUAACUCUUCAAUUAUCACUGCGAUUAUGUAAAUUACGCUCAAUAUAUAUAUAUUAUAUCUUUAAUAAAUUAUUAUUAUCAGAAAAAAUGGGAUAAUGAAAAAAAGGGGGAAUAUGUUAUUAAUGAAUUUACAAUAAAUCAUAUUGAUUUAAAAUAUUAACACAGAA